AUGGCAACUAAUAAAGAAGGUGGAAAUCUAAUAUCCUUACUGGCUGCAAAAAGAGCUUAUAACUUUUUCCUACCUGAACUAAAUAAUAAGACUACAGCCAAAAAUUUUGAAUUUACUGUAUACUCUCAGUGGGAAAGGUUACAACCACAUUGUAAGUGUGAACGUGAUGAAUUUGGUAGAUGUAAACGUUUCUUAAGUUGGUUAGAUACUGGUGGCUACAAAGAUAUUAAUUUGAACGAUAUAUAUAGUGAUAUAACAAACUUAUUUGAUCACCUAACAAGAUUAGGAACUGGAUUAGAUAUAAGUAUUAAGAAAAAAACAAGCUCUGAAUUUUCUGGUGAAAAUUUAUUAAAUCGUAUAUUCUCAUACAAAAUAAUGAAUAGCAUAUAUAUGGAUGUAUGUAGAACUUAUCCAUCUAUAACAUUUUUCCGUGAAGAAGGCCGUUAUUCACUGAGUAGAAUACUUUUAGUAUAUUCUAUAUUUGAUUUACAGGUUGGAUAUGUUCAAGGUAUGAACUUCUUAGUAGGAUGUAUAUUAUGGCAUUCUCAUAGCGAAGAACUGGUCUUCUAUAUAUUAGUCUGUUUAAUGUUUAAUUAUGGUAUGAGAGAAAUGUAUAUUGCAGGGCUACCUGGCCUUCAAAUUCGCUGUAAAAUAUUAGAUGAGAUGAUUGAGAAGGAGCUUCCAUUAAUAUGGUACCAUAUGAACAAACAAGGUGGAACGAUUGAUAUGCUUGCUACUGACUGGUUUCUUACUUUAUUUUCAUACAGUAUUCCAUUAGAUAUUAUUGGAUAUUUUUGGGAUGAUAUUUUUGAACAAGGAUGGCUUCCAGUAUUUAAAUUAAUUUUAUAUAGACUACAAAGGCUAGAAGAUCGUAUUUUAGACUCUCAUGAUAUUGCAGAUAUGAUGAAUAUUAUUAAAUACUCAACACCUACAUCUAAGAAUGGAAUUGUUAGCAAUAUAUUGGGAGUAUUUAAAGAUGAAUUUGGUAAAACUGCAUUAGGGAAAUGGAUUAAUAAUAUAGGAAAUACUUCAUCAAAUAAUAAUAUAGAUAAUAUGUAUGCUGCAUUUAGGAGUCAACCAUAUGCUUUAACAAAUGAUCCAAAUACUAUUGCAUUACCCCAGGUAUGGCUUGAAUUAGUCACAGAAGCUCCCUUUGAAAUUAAUUUAACAAGUAAAAUGCUACUAGAUAUAGAGAAUAAGGUGAGGAGUUGUAUUGAAUGUAAUGAUUCAUCACCCUUAUCAGUUAAUCUAUAUCGUGUUCAUAAUAUAAAUACAGUUGAAAAUCAUUAUCAAGAAGAAUCUCGUGAAGUCGAUGAAUCAUUAAAUAGGAAGGACAUCCCUACAAAUAUAAAGCAAAAUAUAAAUAUAAAUGAUAAUAUAGAAAAAGAGAGAUCACAUAAUACGUUAAACAUAUCUCAUUAUAACGAAAUAAUUGAAGAUUUAUAUAAACAAAAGAAUAUAGAUCUAAAUAUAUCCAAUAAAAUAUCUGAUAUAUUCACAUCUAUUGAAUCUUGUAUAGAAGUAUUAUUACAAAAGAGUAAUCAGCAGGAGCAUUUACAGAAAUUGAUAAAUAAUAGUAGACAUGAUAGUAAUAAACUAAAGUUUGGCCCUUGGAUAAAUCACUAA